UGCUUCUGUCGAAAUAAUACCUGUGACUACAUUUGACGUUUAAAAAUCUGUGUCAAGCGUCAGCAUGAAAUUGCACCUUUAAACAUGUUGUGAAUAAAAAGAAUUCACAGCAUUACUUCCCAAGCUAUCGAAUUUUAAAAUCAUUCUACUGUUUCUCUCAUUUUUGUAUUCGUUAACUAAAGAACGCCGUAUUAUUAGUCAUCAGGAAACGGUACACUCGAGAUGACCAAUAAUUAUGCUAUAACCACCAAAACUUUGAUACAAAAUGUACACUUGGGCUUGCCAAAACCAGAGAAUGGCGACACAUUUUUGGUCAAGGGAGAUUACGAGUACUGGCACUACAGUUGCGACGGUGUUAUUGACGAAGGAUGGGGUUGUGGAUACCGUACACUCCAGACUAUCUGUUCUUGGAUUAGAAACAAUUUGGAGAUAACCCAACCUGUUCCGAGUCUCAAAGAAAUCCAAGAGAUCCUCGUUAGCUUGGAAGACAAAGAAACCUCUUUUAUUGGCUCGCAAGAAUGGAUAGGAAGUUUUGAAGUAAAGAUGAGCAUGUACAUUGUCUGUCUUGUUAUAGACCAGCGCUAUGAUGUUCAGAGUAAAAUAAUUCACGUACCAUAUGGUCGGGAUUUGAAGAAGCAUUCAGAUGUAAUCAAAAAUCAUUUUGUCAACUUUGGUAGUCCAUUGAUGAUGGGAGGGGAUAAAGAUUGCUCUAGCAAAGGAAUCAUGGGUAUCCACUAUGAUACAAAAGGUACUUACUUACUCGUAGUGGAUCCACAUUUUGCUGGCCAAGUUCAUAAUGUUCAGCAACUAGCUAAUAGUCAUUGGAUAAAAUGGCAAAAUCUAACUGAUUUUGUUGAUAGUUCUUUUUACAAUAUUUGUUUACCCCAAAUAAUAUGUAAAUCUUUGAAAUAAUGAGAAGUAUACAAUUCAAA